UGUUAUUGAGUUGGGGUUGAAGCGAGAGAAGAUUGGCGAUCUCAGCUGCGAGAUGAUUACACAUUGCCUACAGAGCUUUGCGCAGGCGAGUGGGACGACGCUGCAUGUUGACUGUAUUCGGGGCGAGAAUGAUCACCAUCGGGCAGAGAGUGCGUUCAAGGCACUUGCGGUGGCGAUUAGGCAGGCGACGACAGUAGUGAAGAAAUGGGAGGGUGAGGUGAGGAGUACAAAAGGUGUCUUGUACUGAAGAGUGGAUUUGGUAGUGACAGUCGCACUCAAGCUCUAUAAAUACAUACAAAUAAGAAGACCCUGGAGAUUGAGACAUCAUCCUUGCGAUUUGGCGUAGGCCACCGGAUCAACAACCGACUGCGGUAGUCUCGAGUAUAUCCCAUCCUUUUUAGGCCAAACCCUCGCUGCCUCAAGUGUACGAUCAUGCACGGCCACCCAAUCACACUUGUUAUACACCUCAUCCUGAAGAACCUUCUUUACCUCUUCCGCCCUUGCCUUUGUAAUCGAAUCCGUCAUGUCCUCCCUCGAAGGACCAAAGCCCCCCAACUCAAGAGCUACUCGCAUCAACACAUGGGCCCAGUAUUUGCCAUUUGGCUGCGCCAUAUUAGACUUCCAGGGAUAGCCGCAAAACUCUUCAGUGUCAUUGAGUAACUUUGGAAGGUCCACAAAGUCUUUGUACAGAUGGGCAUCAAAGGUAACAUGUCGAGGCAUCGUGGUUUGCGUGGACUGGCUAUAUAAUAGGAUGCCGGUGUAAGUGGUGCUCGAAUUUUCCCUUGGGAUAGUGAGUAUUCAAGAUCUGUGAGAGCUCGCAGAAGAAGAGGGUAGUUCUUUAGGAGUUUUAUAGUCCUCAAUGACUCGAAUAUUGACUGUGAGGGUGUGACUAUCAUGUGUGUUCUAGGACUCAUCGCGUAUCAUGUGGCCGAGGUGUGCGUUUUAUCAGCCUAGAUGGGAUAGAUAUAUUUCCCAGUAUUCCUAAAGAAAAACUAUCAUUUGACCCUCCC